GACUAAAUCCACAAUAAUAUUCCAAACUCCACCAGCGACUUUGGACUCUUCACACACAAGAUUCCCACCACCACCUCAGCCGCUCCCGGCCACCACCACCACCGAAAUGGGAUACAGUACUGAUAAGAGAACCACCACCACCACUUCACACCUGACAUCUUCCCCUUCUUCUCCCUCAUCCUCCGCAGUUAGUGGCGGCGGCUGUGUUGGAUCCCCGGCGAGCCCCGCUCCUCCGUCCCCUCCGCCGGUCAUUCUCACUCCCUGCGCCGCGUGCAGGAUUCUCCGGCGGAGAUGCGUCGACCGGUGCGUGUUGGCGCCCUACUUCCCGCCUACCGACCCCCUCAAGUUCACCAUCGCCCACCGCGUCUUUGGCGCCAGCAACAUCAUCAAAAUGCUACAGGAACUGGCGGAGGAUCAGAGAGCGGAUGCAGUGAACAGCAUGGUGUACGAGGCGGGCGCGAGGAUCAGAGAUCCGGUGUACGGUUGCGCGGGGGCGAUUUGCCAGCUGCAGAAGCAAAUGAGCGAGCUGCAGGCGGAGUUAGCUAAGGCGCAGGCGGAGAUCUUGAAUCUGCAGUGCCAAAACACGAACCUCAAAACCCUAGUCUGCAUGCAAAUGGCGUCGUCGUCGUCGCAGCAGCAACAACGUCAUCAUCACGACAACCUCUCCUCGCCGGUACAAGAACACCUGUCGUCGUACGAAAGCGGCAGCAGCUUCCUUCUAGAAGAUUGCAGUUUUUCAUCGGACAUUCUGGAACCAAUGCUCUGGGGAUGAAGAAGACUGUUCAGAUGAUCAGAAUUGAAGGCCUAGGGAUCGGAGAAUAUAUAUAUAUAUUUUUGCAAAAAACAAUAAUUUACAGAGAGAUCGAUGGAGAAGCUAAGGAUUAAAUUUUACUUACUUAAUUUCGUCAUUAGAGAGGCUAAAGCCAUCUUAAUGUCAUGAUCAACGGAGGGCAUGCAUCCAUGACUGAAGCAGUCAAAGCAGCAGCUGAUGCCAUUUAAUUACAAUAUUUUCUACAUAUAUUACUGAUGAAGAAUACUAUUUUUACCAUCAACAACUGAAAGAUUACAAUAUAUUUCUUUUUUUGUUUU